GAAAAUUUUCCUGUCAUUCAACUACCAUGUAAAGGAUAAUCGCUGCAUUGUUUACAAUAUCCUUUGUGGUUUCCUGUAAAAAGUUGAAUCCCGAUCUCAAAGUCCGUAAAGCUGACUUCAUCUCCGCCAGUGAUCACGGAAGGCUCUAUUUCCUCUUCCAGCGGUGACAGCAAACGCCGCGUCCACUACCAUUACUAUCGCAAGAUGAAUUCGAUGACGAAUCAUGCGGACUUCAUGGAGCUGGGCACGAUUCACCAGCACCAGUCCACCUGCAAACAGCACUGCUUCGUAUUCACCGAGAUAGCAGAUAUCGAUCUACCGCCCGAGAUCACAAAGUACCCGGAGAAGAUAAAAAAUGGCAGUAUUCACUCGUACAAGAAGGACAGCAUGUCACCACCGCCCCCGAAGGUACCCAAAAGCAGACGGUCGAGGAAAAUAAUUGCAGUGGUUUCGGCGCUGUUGGUGUGCAUAGCAUUGGCAGCUGGUAUCCCGCUGGGACUUCAGCUCCGAUCGUCAUCGUUGUUGGAAGCUCGAUUGGCUUUUAUUAGGCGCCUGUUGGCGGAAUCUCCGCUGGUCGAGGGCUAUUGGGCCCCUCAGAUGGGUGCAAAUUUCAGCAAAAGCUACGCCGAAGUAAAGAACAGCAUGGUUGGAGCGCUGCUGUGGCCUAUCUCAGUUCCGUGUGCCGCGCAAUACCUGGACGCGGUGCAACUCACGCUGGAAGGCAUAGACGAUGCGCGAAGAAUGGUGAAAAAGAAUGCGGAUAUGAUGAUUGUGGAAAGUGCUGAUGCGAUGGAGCAGGCACACACCGAUGGGAAGCUGGCGAUUCUGUUCGGUUUGGAAGGCGGCCAUACGUUGGGUUCCAGUUUGGCUGUUCUGCGGUCCAUGUAUUCGCUGGGGGCCAGGUUCGUGUCGUUAACUGGGCUGGGUUGCACCACUCCGUGGGCAAGUUCCUCCAUCAGGACGGACUUUUUCGACGAGAAUCUUCCUUCUACUUUGACGAAUUUUGGAGAGAUCGUUAUCCAGGAGAUGAAUCGCCUCGGUAUGCUGGUUGAAAUAUCGCGGCUUUCCGAACCGGCAAUGAUGGUUGCUUUGAAUGUUGCCAAGGCCCCUCUGUUACUGUCGAAUGCUCUUCCCUCCGCGAUGGCUUGUAAUGGAUCAAAUGCAGCUGUUCCAGAUCACAUAAUGAGUGCUCUUUCGCAAAACGGAGGCGUCAUCAUGUUAAAUGUGGAACGAUGUGGGGAUAAACCCAUGAAUCUGAAAGAUGCAAUCGUUGCCAUCAACUACGUUCGUGCCAUUGCCGGAGUCGACCACUUGGGACUUAGUGGUUCCCCGAAGAACUACCCUCUGCUGCUGGCUGAGUUGGCAAGGGAUCGGUUGUGGGGAUCAGCGGCAAUCAAAAAACUAGUUGGAGGCAACAUCGUUCGUGUGCUGAGAGAGGUUGAAGUUAAUAAAAAUCGCCUACCUCUAUCGGAAGACUGGAUACCACUUGAAGCAGUGGAAGGAAAUGCAUACUGUCGCUAUCCGGAAACAUAAAUUCAAUCGCAUUUUUACGCAUUCAUUUGUACUGAAUGAAAUUGUUUUACGACGAAGUAUUAGAAUUAAUCUUCCAACGAAAUAACGUAAUUAGAGCAAUGUGGAAGUUGUUCAAAAAGAGAGAUCUAUUUAACUUGACAAAAAAAACUAGAUUUGAAUGCAGAAGAGAGAAAAAAAUAUUUGAAUUGAGAAAACUAUUUAGUAAUCAGUAAUUUGAAUCAAACAUGAAAUUGUCAACACUGGAACAGAACAAAAGAGCGCAUAUCAACAUCGGUUCUAAUAAAUUUUCAUCGCAAUUGAUCUUUCCAAUUGACAAAUUUGAUUGACCCUUUCGCUUGAUAGACUCAGUCAAAUUUAAUGUUUGAUGGAAAAGGACAAUUGUUCCGCACAAAGUAGCACAGAUUUGGGAGCCAAAAUUGUCCCCAAUAGUUUCACUAACUCCUAGCUAAACGUUGUCCAGACCCAAAUAUAUAUAUCGUGUAGGUAAUAAAUGCUUAUGUAGGGGAAAUAACUAAUAUUUGAGUAAAGUGUGAUGUCUACUGAAUACACGCACAACGACCUUCAACCCAUUUAAUGUUAGAGUGACUAUAUGUAAAAUUCUGUUAUAAAAGUAUGUAUUUAUGAAUAAAUAUUAACUUGAACAAGCUGGGUUGCGCAUAAUCCUUACGAGUCAGAAACUUCGAAUCUGUUUUUGACUUUUCCAUGAAAAAUGUUCAAAUAUAUGGUGGACUGAGUCGAUGUUUUAAGACUCGAUUUCGAAUCAUGGAAGCAAACGUACAAUAUUAAAAUAUGUAU